AACUAUUUAUACAAAAAAAAAAAAUGUCCAAAAUAUUAAACCAUAUUAAAUCAGUUUAAUUCAUUGAUGGCGAUUUACUAAGCAUGACCUUUUUAAAGAAAAUUGUCAUUAAAUAUUAAUACACAUUAAUAUAAAAUUAAUCACCAAGCACUAUUCAAAGUAGAGUAAGAAGACAUAACAAAUGUUUAUUAAAUUACCUAUAAUUAAACAGAAUAAAAAAAGUGACAAUUAAAAACGAGAUAGAUGUGAUGAAAAAGAUGUGGCAUAUUCAUUGUUCAAGGCCAUGUUAAAUGAUCAAGUUUGAAAUAGUUAUUUACUUAUAAAAUGAUAAAACAUAGUGAAAUGAAAAAAAAAACAUUAUGGCUCACCCUGUAAAUGCAAUAAAAUGAUCAUACUAAUCUUAUCUUUCCUUAUUUAUUUGUUUUUUUAUAGUUCAUAGAGUAAUACACAAUAUUUUCUUCCACUUUUAAGAGGACAAAAUACUAUUAUUUUCAUUUUAGAGUAAUUAUCAGAGUAAUUUGCACGAGAUGUCUAGCUCAUUUAACUUUUAAGAGGACAGCAUACCUCAUGUAGUGUCUCCGUAUAACAUAGCAAAUUGUACGUUCUGAAUGAUUAAUUUAACUCCGUUUUGUUUAGUUGUUGAGUGAAUUUACAUAAUACCAAAUUUAGAAAAUACUAUCUAGUCAAUGGUGUAGGUUUUCUUAUAUUUUAAUUUUAAACUUAGUUAUGAGCAUUGUAAAACUGUCAGUUAUUUAUGCAUUUUAAAAUGCUUAUAAUUUGCUUAGAAUGUGGUAUUUGCUAUAUUUUAAUUUGCUAUGCGUUUUUGCAAAAAGGAGACAACACAUUCUUGCAUGAUGUCCUCUUAAAUAUUGUACGUAUAUUCAUUGAAUUGCUGACGUUUAAUUCCAAAUUUAUUUUGUGGAAUACUGUUAUGAGUAAUCCUAAUCAAAAUAAAUGGAGAGGUGGCGGACAUUGGAAAAAGUAUAAAAGUAAAAAUAAUCAACCAAAAAAUACUAUAAAUAUUGAAUCUGAUGUGAAUAUUAAUAAUGAACAUUUUGAAGAAUGUCCAUUUUAUGGAUGGCAACUUUAUUUUCCAAAUGAAAAAUAUGAUGAAAAUAGUAUGGCAGUAAAGUGUAUUUUGGCUUGUGUAUCAUUUUUAAACAUACAUGAACAAAAUAUUUCUAUUGAACAACUCGUAGAAAAUAAAUCAUAUCUUCUAAAUGUAGAUUCCUUAAACCAAGAUGAAGAUUUCACCUCAGUCUGGUCACAAUUUUGGGAUGAUUUAACAAACCGCCCAAAUUACACAUUGCAAUGUUUAGGACUUGCUAUUCAUCAGUAUGCAUUAGAAGAAUUAAAUAAAAAUAUUCAUGAUGACAGUACUAAGUUCAAAAAUUUGCCAAUAAUUCAUCCUAGAAUUAUAAAUUUUGGUCCAAUUUUUCAUUUAAAAAAUUUAAGAGCUGAUACAGAUGGGAAACUAAUUUUAGUUCAUGGAACUGUAAUAAAAGCCAGCAGUUUGAAAUUUCAAUGUUUGUGGUUGGGAUUUUCGUGCAAUACCUGUGGUUCAAUUCAAAGUAUCAAACAACCUGAUGGUAUAUUUUCAAAACCAAAACAAUGUAGCAAUGCUGCAUGUCGUAUCCGCUCAUUUUCUAUUUGUAGAAAUUCACCACUUACUCAGACUAUUAACUGUCAAACUAUUAGAGUUCAAGAAUUACAAAGCGAUGACCAGAGAGAGAGUGGUAGAGUACCUAGAACUGUUGAAUGUGAACUUACAAAUGAUUUGGUUUAUACUUGUAUUCCUGGAGAUGUUGUUACUGUAACUGGUAUUGUAAAAAAAAAAUCAUGUAAUACUGGUAAACAAAAUGCUCAAAGUAAAGAAUCUAACAUUUUUAUGCAAUAUGUUGAAGUUAUAUCCAUACAAAACAAUAAAAACCAAUCUAAAGGAAAGGUAACGAGCACUGCAUUUCAAUUUACGAUGAGAGAUUAUUACUGUAUCCAAAAACUCCAUUCAAAACCACAUCUCUUUGAAUUAAUGGCAAAUUCAUUAUGUCCUGGUAUUUAUGGUCAUGAAAUGGUGAAAGCUGGUAUGUUGCUUUCACUAUUUGGAGGAAGUAAUUGUACUUUAAAUCAAACACGUGGAGAUAUUCAUAUUUUAGUCAUUGGUGAUCCUGGUCUUGGAAAAUCACAAAUGCUUCAGUCUGUGUGCAACAUUUCACCUCGAGGUGUGUUUGUUUGUGGAAGUACAUGUUCAUCAGCUGGACUUACUGUUAGUUUGACUCGAGAGAAAGGUAUUGAUUUUUCUUUAGAAGCUGGAGCUGUUGUUUUAGCUGAUCAAGGUGUUUGUUGUAUUGAUGAAUUUGAUAAAAUGACUCAAGAUCAUAAUACAUUACUGGAAGCUAUGGAACAACAAACAAUAAGCAUUGCGAAAGGUGGAGUUAUUUGUUCUUUACCUUGUCGUACUACUAUAAUGGCCGCCGCAAAUCCAAUUGGUGGACACUAUGACCGAGAUAAAAGUGUAUUAGAUAAUUUAAAAAUGAGUCAAGCUAUGUUAUCUCGUUUUGAUUUAAUUUUUCUACUUAUAGACACACCAGAUGAGUUGACUGAUAGACAUCUAACUGAACAUGUGCUUAAUAUACAUACAAAUAAGUUGAAGCAAACCCAGAAUAAUAUUAAUAAUUCUUGUGAAAUUCCUAGUUCACUGAAAGAGCGACUAUCACAAUUCAGUAAAAACAAUGACUAUAUAUCUCAAGCAGAAUUACGUAAGUAUAUAGCAUAUGCGAGAAAAUAUGUUUCGUCUCCAACUCUGUCGAAUGAAGCCAAAGAAAUGUUACAACAGUUUUUUAUUGAACUACGUACUAACAAUUUAAGCUAUGGUAUUCCAAUAACUGUACGACAAUUAGAAUCAUGUAUUAGACUUGCACAAGCACGUGCUAAAGUAGAACUUCGAGAAGAAGUAACUGCAAAAGAUGCAUAUGAAAUAAUUGAACUACUUAAUUUUAGUCUUGUAAAAACUCAAUGCGAUGAAUUUAGCGGAUUUGGAUUCAAGAAAAGUGGAAAAAAAACAGGAAUUCGAGCUCAAUCAAAGAAAUUAUUAGCUGAGUUACAAAGACUUGGUAAAACAGAACGAAUGUUUAGUGUAGAUCAAAUGAAGUUACUUUCAAAACAGUUAAACAUUGCUACUUUAGAUUUCUACAACAUUGUAGACUUAUUGAACAACGAAGCAAUUAUAAUUAAAAAGGGAAACAAUAUGUAUGAGUUAAAAGUUUAAUAAAUAUUUAUGUUUGAAACCAUUACAGUCUGUAUCCUUUUCUAACUAUUUAUACAUUUUUUGUAUUAUUAGCUUACUGCAUUAAAUUUCUAUGUUCUGAUUAAAAAAACUAGGAUAAGUAAAUUGUAUUAAAUUUCUUUUUUGUAAUUUUAUUUUAUAUAUUAAUAUAUUUAAUUAAAUAUGCUAAUCGCUAAUGGUUACUUAUAACAUUUUCUGUUCCUGAAUUCUUAAUGUUAAAAAAUAAUGUAUUCGUAUUUGGACACAAUUUAUGCUAUUAGUACCUAUUUUAUUUUAAACAAUAUGUGUUUUAAGUUUUAUAAUAUUUGUACAUGUACGAUAAGAUUAAAAAAUUUUAUAGUUAGUAGUUAUUAUGUUUUCAUUUCAAAGAUUAUUAUGUUCAGCAGAUUCUACUACAUAAUAUGGUAUGCUACAUAGGUACAUACCAUAAUU